AUGCAAACCGCGUCAACAAGUGACUCCAAUCGAGCGCCUUCCGUACACCGCGAUGCUCCCAUAGCUUCGGCCGAUCGAUCGUUUGCUGCUUCCCCAUAUGCAGACCUCUCCAAAGGCAACUCACCAGCAUCUGAUUGCGGCAGCUUACAGUUGACUCAAUCAAGUACCAACUAUGUCAAUAGCGCUCAUUGGGCCGCCGUUCUUGAUGGGAUUGCCGAUCUGAAAAUCCAUCUCGACGAAGAGGGCGAAGUGCAAGAUGAUACUCCGCUGGAUGAGCCCUCUUUUGCUGAGCGGGGCGGUCCUCAGCUCCUUUAUGGGUGUACGAGACCUGUGACUAAGGAAGAAAUUCUGGCGACGAUUCCAGAGCGGCCGGUUGUCGAUCGAUUGAUUUCAGGUUAUUUCAACUCAUUCGAGGUGUCACCAGCGGUAUUGCAUAGCGUCGAGUUUCUGAAGGAGUAUGAAAAAUUCUGGGAAAACCCGUCAGAAACGCCAGUUAUAUGGCUGGGCCUCCUGUUCACUAUAAUGUGCCUCGCUACCCAGUUCCAGAAAUUCAGAUUAGAUCCGGGGAUCCAAACGCCCGCAUCCUUGUCAAGGGAGCAAGACCUUGAAAGCAAGAUUGAGUUCUACCGUCAGAAGAUCGUGCAAUGCCUUAUAUUAGGAGAGUAUGCCAAAGGGGGCCCGUAUGUGCUCGAGACGCUCAUGUUGUACAUUGCCGUGGAGAUAUUUCUCCGGAGCGACGCCGAAAUCGGGGUAUGGAUCCUCCUGGGAACGAUAGUACAGCUGGCAAUGCAUAUGGGCUACCACAGGGACCCGCAUCAUUUCCCCAGCAUGUCUCCAUUUACAGCGGAGAUGCGCAAGCGUGUCUGGGCUACGAUUGUCGACAUUGACAUUGGGCUCUCUACUCAAAUGGGCCUUCCUCGACUGAUCAAGCAUUGGCAAACUGACACAGGAGGGCCGUCGAACCUUCACGACAACGAUUUUGAUCGAGACACGGCUGCUAUGCCGGACUCGCGUCCGGAGACCGAACUCACACCAAUGCUCUACCGCCUUGUCAAGGCAAGGAUGAUGACAACAAUCGGCUUCGUGUGGGAUCUCGUGACUGACACAAGGCAAUGCCCCUACACAGAGAUAAUGAAGAUGGAUAGGAUGCUUCAAGAUGCGCAUAGCGCAAUCCCACCAUGUCUCCGGUGGGUUUCUAUGGCCCCCUGCAUUAUGGAUUCACCGCAGGUGAUCAUACAAAAGGUGUUCCUGGAGAUAAUGUUCCACCGUGCGCGAAUUGUGUUGCACCAGAGAUACCUACAUAGCUGGCAAGCAGACACGCAGAACGGCUACUCCCAGCAGGCGAGUCUAGAUGCAGCGCUCAAACUUCUCGACUACCAGCACGUUCUCCAAGAAGAAACGCAGCCAUUCUGCCGAUUGUAUCAGGAGCGAUGGCGAGUUUCUUCGAUUGUUAAUCAUGAUUUUCUACUCGCCACUAGCAUCCUGUGCUCCUACCUACAGCGAGGUCGUCUGCAAAGUAAAGCAGGUGCAGCAGCCGUGACCGAGGCGACCAUCUGGAAGUCACUUCAAAAAACAUACGACAUUUGGGUCCAUUCUAGCAGCUCUUCGAAGGAGGCACAAAAGGCAGCGAGAGCUCUGAGGGUCAUUCUCGGAAAGCGCAAUGGUGCCAAUGACGACAGUGCAAAUGACGAGACAAACCCUUUGCUUCCGGAUGUUCCGCUGUACAAUGAUCCUAUCUGUCCGGACCCGCAAGGGAGUCCCGCCCGUUUCAACAUUCAAUUCCCCGUCUUCGAUGCGACAGUAUUGACUAAUUGA